GUAGAGUAAUAUCUCAACGCAGAAAUGAACUCCUUCGCGAGAUGUACCGUAUGAUGAGGAGACGAAAAAACGCAGGCUCCAUAUCCAUGUUCGACGAUGAGGACGAAGUUGGACUUCAGGAUUGGUUAGAUAAAUACGAUCUCGACGAAAAGUUCGUGGCAUUAUUCACCAAUUUUCUUCGUUAACGUGCUCAUCACCGUCAGUCCCGAUUCGGGCAUGGUGUCAAAUAUUCUACCGAGCGAACUGUGUGCCACUUCAUCAUCUCCAACUGCCGAUGAAUUCAAACCAAUAGACCUACCGGACGUCAUCGAUGUAGAUUCCCCCAUGUCAGAGCCUCCCGCUUCACCUCGCUCUGAUUCAUCUUUAUUACUUCAAAUUCCAGAAUCCGAUGACCCCUUGGCUACAUCGAUACCAGAUGGGUCACCUCCCCGCGCCACUCCUGUGUCAUGCAAACGCCCGAUACCAGACGACGAGCCAGAUGAACUGAAUCUCGUAGCCCUUUCGCGGUCGCCAUCUCAGCGAUCGGUCAGUCGUCGCAGUCAAUCCCUGACCCACCGUACGUCUCGCUCUAAGUCUCGUACAUUCUCGCCACAUUCCCCUCAACCUACAAAUGCCGCCCUCGACGAGGUAAGUGAAGUCCAGGAAAUACUCGUCGACUUGGGGGAAAGCAUGGACGUAUCCACGGAGGAAGCUAGAGAACCCUCACCUGAUCUCGUCCUUCCAUCGUCUUCGCCUGUCCCGAAAAUGACCCCUCGCACCAUAGUCUAUACUACUGUGGACGUCGCAUCUAUUCAGCCUUCCCUCCUCAUUCCCACCCCCACAUCUCCAGUGACUGAUCCGGCAUUCAGCUUUGAUGAGGCUGAGAGCGAGCCGCCUGAGGAGACGUCCUCUGCUAUCUCAACACCUGUAGAUGCGCCGCGAUUCCAAAAUCAACAACAUCAUCAUCACCAUUUCAACCCCGCCUACAGUCUACCUCCGAUCAAAUCAUUGCCUCCUGAAUAUCUCCGCAAGGGUAAGUCUGCCAAACAGAAAAAGCGAGACAAGGAACGCGACAAAGCAGACGGAAAAAUCAAGGAUGAAUGGAUACCCAUGGGCCUGACCAAGUGGGGUGCAACCAUUCGUGCAAACCCUGUCUGGAAGAAGGUCUCUCGUGCCACCAAGUGCUUAAGCACGCGUGACUGGGGUGUUGCCAUUGCCGAGGUAAGGCUCACGCGCACCCUUGAACGAGUCGAAAGCCUCGAAAAUGUCGCAAAGUGGAGUUAUAGGCAGCCCAAAAGACAAAAGAAUCUCGGAGGUGUGACCAAGACCCACUGGGACUAUCUUAUGGAUGAAAUGAAAUGGAUGCGCGUUGAUUUUCGGGAGGAGCGACGCUGGAAAUAUGUUCUCGCGUUUAACUUGUCGACUGCCGUACUGGAGUGGCAUGAUGCGGGGAGUCGCGAGGAGAGGGUUAGGCUUGGCAUAUGUGUUUUAUGGAAGCGUCCCAGGUCUUCUCAAAAUGCCUCUACGGAAGAUGUAGACAUGGACACACGGCCUACGGAGCACAAUGGGUAUACCCCUAUGGCAGACGAGUCCGAUGGCGAUGAGGAGGAGGGAGAGGCGGAGCAAAGGGAUAUCGCAGACGCUCUAGAGUCGCGCAACGCUUUAGAAGAAGCACUGGAUGGAACGGGAUCUAACGAGUCCACGGACAGUAGUCAGCACCAGACUCCAGGCCCCGACCAUGUUCAGCCCAAAGUUGAGGAUGUUGAUGAUCCGUCAGCUCUGCAGGAUUCAAGUGUGAUGAAUGUGGACAUGCAGCAGGAAAAUCAAGCCAAGAUCGAAAGCGAUGAUCAGACUGGUCUCAAGGCGCAUUCGACAGACCCCAAUCUUGCCUCGCAGCAAAAUACGCAGCACGAUGCUGCUCCCGCAGAAUCAUCAUCCAAAGCCUCCAAGGCGAACCUGUAUGCACCGCUCAGAGAGCAGAUCGCAUACUCGGAUGAGCGAAAGCUUUUCCUCGACGGGGACGACCUUGUCCUUGCCAAAGCACUCUCUGAUCUGACCACAGACGACUCUGAGAUUGAGUCAUCACUGCCCAUCCCUGAUCUGUCGGACAUUUUCCCCGAUCUUCAACCGCUCGGCAUGCCAGAUGUCGUCUCUGGCUCGAACGAGGGCAAGAAGAAGGAUAAGAAGUCGGGAGAGGACAACAGGCGUGUUGAGGAUGCUGGGUUCACAAAGAUGGCACCGUUGGGUCGCUUCAUGCACUCCAAGCCGACGCUUCUUGGACCUUUGCAACCUGCUAGGCAUUGGGUGAACGGGGAAUGGAUGAUGUUCGCUGAAGAAGCAGCAGUGGCUGUGGAUUUCGAUAGCGCAAUUGGGAAGACAGUAGAUGAUACUGCCUCGGACCUUUUUGAGGGCAGUAGACCAUCCGCAGUCAGUUCCCUUGGACUGCCAUUGAAAGAUGGCAAGAAGCGUUCGGAGCAUCUUUGGAGCUCAGAUGAAGAUUCCCUUCUCAAAACCCAUGUGGAAAGAUAUCCCAAUAACUGGCUGCUAGUUGCGGAUUCAUUCAACUCCUCGCGCGUCACUAUCUCCACCGAUAAACGAACUCCUUGGGAAUGCUUCGAGCGUUGGAGCAGUCGCUUCGGUAGCGGACACAGGGUCCAUCCUGAUGUUAACUCCCCUGUCAACACGGAGCGCACUCCGCCGCCAGCAUCAUCCUCGGCUCAAGGACAGAUGACCACGAGAGGUGUCAAGCGAUUGGCUAGUAUGUCAGUUACACAAAACCAAAGUUCUGGAGCCGGCUUAACGUCUGACACCAAAAAACGGCGGAGACAUACAUUUAUGUAUGAGACGAUGCGCAAAGCUGCGAAGAAGCGCGAAGCAGCACAAAAAGCGUCCAUGAAUCAGCGAAAGGCUUCUAAUGUUCAUGAUACGCAUGGGCAGUAUCAAAAAAUGCCUAAACUGACACCGGCUGAACUUAGUCGCAUGAAGUAUGAGAAAGAGUCGAGGGAGCAACAGGAACUACUCCUUGCGCGACGUCGCCACGAGGAACUUACUCGUCAGGCAAUGAUGCAACGCGACCCAAGGCUGCAAGCUGCGGCAGCCGCAGCCGGUCAACCCCAGCAGGCGGCGGCGGCAGCAGCAGCAGCAGCGGCAUCGGCAGUAGCUGCAGCAGCCCAGCAACAGCAACCAAAUACACCGAGACCAGCAGCCCAGCCCGCACAAGCUGUCCCGCAAAUACGGAAUCAACCCGUGGCACAGGUCAAUAUUUCUCAGCAGCAGAGAAUGCCAACACCAAUGGCAUCAGCGGCCGCUGCAGGGGCUCGUAUGUCCCCUCAACACUUGUUGCAAGUUCAAGCUGCCCAAGCUCGUGCUAUCGCUGCAGCCGCACAGGCCCAAGCCCAAGCCCAAUCCCAAUCCCAAGCGCCAGUACAAGCUAGCCCUACCCCUACCAUUAACGGACUUCCUACUGGUGCCCACCUGUCACCUCCAUAUCAGUCGCGCGCUGCAACAUCAUCGCCCGGCGUAGCACCGCAAGCAACUCCUCCGCGUAACAUAGGCACGCCAUCCAACGCUGCUUCUCCCCGACCACCCUCCGCGCAACCGCAACUACCCAUGCAGCCUCCUCAGAUGCCCGGAAAUACUGUUUCACGGCAGGCUCAUUAUUUCCCAGUGGUACCCACUCUUGCCAAUAGUCAAUUUACACAGGAUCAAAUAGACCAGGCCGUUCGGUUAAUGCAGCAUCGGACCAUGGCUCAGGCACAGCAGAAUAGCCAAUAUCCCUCACAGGCCUGAUAUCGUUCAGCUGUCUGGGAUUGGCCAUCUAUCUCUGUACCGUAGUUCAUGGGCACAUACGUACAGGACCAUGCAUGCCACCUUCAUUCAUUUUCCCGCCUUUCGACCGCUGGCUGUGGAUUAAGAAUAGUCUUGGGCGGUUGAGACAACACGUUUUCAAACCGA